CUGCAGACCUCCAACCUCUAAAGUUUGAUUAAUUUUUACUUUUCCUGAUGGAGGGACCUUAUCAGCACCCCGUUUUCUUCGAGUGUCCACCUUUGGACCCCGAGCAGAAGAAGAAAUUAAAACAUUAUUUUCACAUUCGCCAGAAGUCUGGAGGAGGAGACUGCGGCUCUCUGACCAACAUCCGCGACAAUAUUCACUGUAUCGCUUUUAAAGACCAAAAAGCUCAGCAAAGAGUCCUGCAGAAAUCUGAGCAUGAGCUGAUGUUGGGCAGCAGCUCUUUGGUGUUCACUGUCCGGGGAAGCCUGGAACCUCCGUCGUCCGCUUCAUCUCCAACCCACCCGGUCAGCUCCUCACUGGACUUUAAAGGGUCGUCACAGCAGAGCCAGCAGCAGGUUGUUUGUUCGAGCCUGCCACCCUGUGGUGAAGAUUAUGAACUGCAACUUGAUACCUACCUCCUCAAAUACCUAAAAGAGUGUCCGAGGGCUAAGAAAGAACUGGACCUGGAACUCGCUGCUGUGUCUUGUUCUGCACAACUUCACCCAGACGAGGGUCGGGUUGUAAUCAGGGCAUCAAACCCAGCCAAGACUCCAGGUGGCUGUGGAGCCAGGCAGUGGAAAGCUGAGGUAGACCAACUUUUUCAGCGACUAAAACAACGCUACAUCUGCCACUUUGAAGUAGACCCGCUCAAAAUCAAAGCUCUGCUUCAGUCCUCCAGCUUGGGUCAGCUCACAGAUGAGUUGAAGGUGUACAGUCAGGUUGGGAUGGCUGUUGUGGUUGGGGAAGAGUCUCAGGUCAAUGCCAAGUUGAAGGACUUGGAAAAGUCUCAUGUUAAAGGUCAAGGGUCCAGCGUUAACAAGAAGCAAACCAGAACCUGUAGGCUUGGAGAGGCAAAGCUCCGCCUACUCUGGGGGGACAUCAAACACAGUCUUGGGCAGGAUUUUCCUGAAUUGAAGGUUAAGCAAGGAGAUGUGGGUCAGGUAAUUCUGGAAGGUUCUGUAGAGGAAGUUUUUAAAGCUGGGCAACUGAUAUCGAAGAAGGAGAAACUGCUAUUAGAGAGGACUCUUUCUGACUUCAGCCUACGUCUUCUGUCUUUCCUGAUGAAUGCAUAUAGAGCUUCUGGGGUACUAUGUGCCUUUCUCGGGGUUGAUGGCAAGGUGGAAAUAGAGUUGGAGAACACAGAACUACGUAUCUUCUCCCUGUCCUCUAAGAAACUGGAUGAAACUGAAAGGGCACUGCGGGAAAAGUUCAAAGAAGUCAAAGUGGAUGUUUCAAACUGUUUUGCGUUGAUCUCUGAUCUUACACAGAAGCUGGAGUCCAAAGCAAAAUUGAUGAACCAAGGGAGUUCCAUGGUUAAGUUUGUGAUUGCAUCAGGUGACCGCGUGUGUAUAUUUGGCCACACUAAAGCAGUCGAUGAGCUACAUGAAGCAGUAAAAGAGUUUAUAUUGGACCAGUCAGUUAUAGAAAGUACAGUCACUCUCCCUUUCCCAGAGUUGGUACAAGACUUGCCAGAAUUUCUGCAGCUGCACGGAUUUGACUAUAAAGGGGUUACUUUCCAUCCUUUGCCAUCAUCUUCUCAUGCUAUGGUGAGCCUGGAAGGUCCCUCCAACAGAGUGACUCAGGUCAUAAGUACGCUGGAUCUACUCUUACGUUCCAUUUUUCGAGACACAGUCACGAUUGAUUUACCUGGAGCUGUAGGGUACUUCCAAAGUCAAUGCGGUAGAGAAGCUCUACUAAAUGUUGGCGCUUCUCACAAGUCUCUCAUACAAUUUCAGGACCAGCAUCAAUCAGCCACAAACAAGUUUGCAUUGGGAGCUGAAUCAGGUAACCAAGGGAAAGCAGUUGCUAGCUAUCACCUUCAAGGAGGUCUCCAAGUGCUGGUGUGUCUAGGUGACAUCACCACACAGCAUGCUGAUGCACUGGUGAAUGCUGCCAAUGAGGAUCUAGAUAACUGCGGAGGUGUGGCGUCCGCACUGAGUCAUGCAGGUGGUCCUGAAGUACAGAAGGAAUGCAGUGCUCUAGUCAAGCAGAUUGGGAAGAUUCCUACAGGUGAUGUGGUUGUGACCACAGGUGGGAACCUAAACUGCAAGAAACUGUUGCAUGCUGUUGGGCCUAGGAAAGGAAAAGUAGGUGGCAGAGAGACGGUUUUGCUAGAAAGAGUUGUCCGAUCAGCUCUUAAAUUAGCAGAUGACAUGGAGUUCAAGUCGAUAGCCAUGCCUUGUAUCAGCUCCGGGGUUUUUGGGGUGCCUGUAAGAGUGUGCAGUGAUGCCAUUGUAACUGCGAUUAAGCAGUUUGGAAGUCAGGGAGGACUAAGUUUGAACACAGUCAUCCUGAUUGAUAACAAAGCAGAGGUCGUGAGGUCCAUGCAAGAAGCAUGUGACAGGAUUCUUCAAGGAGUGAGUACAACAGACAGCCCAACAGGUGGUCUUGGAUUCUUGGGGGGAGCUGCUGCCCCAAACACAGUGGAAGAAACUACUUCUGGAACUGCUGGCGACAAUGUCCAAGUAGCAGUUGUUCAGGGAACCAUUGAAACUCAACAGGUGGACGCCCUGGUGUCGCCGAUGCAUGGUCAUGAUCCUCUGUCUUCCCGCGUUGGAAACGUUUUGUCUGAUGUGGUUGGAUCUCCGAUGAUUACAGAGUUUCAUAAGGAAGCACGAUGGCCGACUCUGCCUGGUGAAGCAGUCCUCAUCGAGGGCUUGCUGGCUGCUCCGUCUAGAGCUAUUUUCUUCCUCACCCUUCUUCCUUGGGAUAAGAAUCCACAAGGACGUGCAAUCCAGGUUCUCAGACAGGGUAUCUCCAGGAUUCUGGAUUCUUGUGAGAACAAAAGGUUUGAAUCUGUUGCACUUCCUGUAAUUGGGAUUGGUACCGUCCUGCGUUUUCCCCACAAUGUGGUAGCCAGGACCUUACUCCAGGAAAUCCAGGCAUUUGAACAAAAGCGAACAAGAAGAACACGAUUCCUGGUCCGUAUCGUCAUUCACCCCAGCGACAAAGAUUCUACCAAGGCCUUUCAGUCCGCCCAGGAAACUGUGCACCUCAGAGGAUUUACAAAUGAUUCCAACACACAUCAAGCUUCCUUUUACCGCUAUGUCUCCUCAACUCAAACUGAGGUCAUCGCAAUGCUGGGCGGAGUCAAGCUUGAGAUGGUCUCUGGUGACAUCAUCAAUGAGAAGACUGAUGUCAUUGUCAACACCACUGACUUUUCUACCAAUCAGUCUGGUGUGUCCAAAGCCAUCCUGACUGCCGCGGGGCCCAACGUCCAGGCAGAGCUAAGCCAAGUGGGAAUUCCACCAGGCUGGAUGUACAUCACAGGACCGGGGCAGCUUCACUGUCGAGAAAUCAUUCAUGCUGGUUUUAAAUGUGAUGCUCAGGUCUUCCGCAAACAUUGCAAAAAGAUCUUGAAGUACUGUGAGACCAAAGGCUAUCAAUCAGCUGCCUUCCCAGCCAUCAAUACCGGUGCAGGUGGCAUGGACUCGGAUAAGGCCUGUAAAGCCAUGCUGGACGGCUUGGCAGCAGCUAUUCUGGACUUGACACCAAAUGUCUUCUCACUCAUCCGCAUCAUCAUUUUCCAAGAACAGGUCUUCUGUGCUUUCAGGUCUGAGCUGGAGAACCGUUUAGGGCAAGUCGACCCCUCUGGCAUCACCUGGACAGUGCCAGGAAAGCUCAAGAAGUUUAAACAGCAUAGAUUUUCAAGAUCAUCCACAUCUUCAACAUCACAGGAUGUAAAAUUCACCUCCUGGACGUCGCUGCCAGCUGUGAUCAGGGUGAUUACUCUGAGUCCAGAUGCUGUCAGGUACAUCAAGAGCGACUUGGAGAAGAGUCUGCAGGUGUGCCUGGUAGAGAGGGAGGUGGAUGUUAAGGAUUUCUCCAGACUUGGCUCCAUGGAACUAGAAGAGGUGCAGACAAAAAUCAGAAUCUUGGGAAUUCAGCUAAAGAGAGGACAACGCAUUAAUUCUGCAUCUAACCUAGCUUCUACUGAUAGCAGCAGCACUGGAAAUCCAGCGAGAGCUGAGGCUAGAGAUCGGUCAGGGUCAAGGGGUGAGAUUUACAUCCUGAAAGGCCUAAGAGAGGAUGUUUUGAGUGUGGUAGAGCUGAUUCACAAAGCUCUCCAGGAAGCCCUUCACCAGGACAUCCAGGAUCAACAAGAAGUCUUGUUGGCUUUGACAGUCCAGUGGUCAGUUCAGGAUAGGGACGGAGUCUGGCAGGAUCUGAGUCAGCAUGACAACUGCAUCCUGGAAGAUGCUUACAGUAUGAAGAAGGUGUUCACUGAUGUGGCGGCACCAGGAGACGGCGCACAGCUGAUGGUUAACCUGACGACAAAAGAAGCUACAGAUCGUCAAACAGGCCAAACGUACAGAGUGAAAAGAACUGAGAUUGACAACAUGGAGUUGCCCUCACACUGGGAACUUAUGAAUGAAGACGAGCACUUCAGAAAGAUCCAACUGAAUCCAGACUUCAGGGAAUACCAGGAAGUGGCACAAGGUUUCCUGAAAACGGCCAAGAAUUACACCAUCCACAAAAUUGAACGUGUGCAGAAUAGCUUUGCGUGGCACGGUUACAGUGUGCGUCGCCAGCACAUUCUUGCCAAGAACGGCGCGGCAGAGCUGCGAGAGAAGCUUCUCUACCACGGCACAUCAGAGGGGGCGGCCAUCUUGAUUGAAAAGGACAGAUUUGACAGAGCCCACGCAGGCAUGCACGCAGCCAACCAUGGAAAGGGAGUUUACUUCGCCGUCAACGCUGAGUAUUCGGCCCGUUGUUUCUCACCGCCUGAUACGUCGGGCCUGAAGCGGGUGCUCGUGGCGCGUGUCCUGACCGGCCGUUACACAGUUGGUGUGAAGUCCAUGGUAGCCCCUCCUCCUCGUGCAGCUGACCCCACUGACUGCUAUGACAGUCUGGUGGACAACCAGCAGAAGCCCACCAUGUUCGUCAUCUUCCACGAUAACCAGGCUUACCCAGAAUACCUCAUCACUUUCAAAUGAGGCAAACCAGUGCAGUACCUGUGAAAUCAGGCUGACUUUACGCUUCACGUACCUGUUCACUUAAUUUUCUUCAAAAGUAUGUUUGAGGUGUUCGGGGUCUGAUUUGGAGGGUUUUUUAAAUAUGUUUUUAAGCUUUUUAGCCAUGCAGAUCAAUUCUCUAUUAAAACAAAAUGAAAUGCAAAACUGCAGCAUCUGAACAGGUGUUGAGACAAACAUACAAAUAAUGGAUGUUUAUGAGUGCACAAAAAGAAUAUUUAGGUUACUAGUUAUUCUGUUAAAGAUGGAAUGCAACUAUUUUAAUGACUUCAUCAGAGCAGUGGCACAUAUUUUCAGUUUAAGCUUAGAAACACAACAAAUAAAAUAUGUUAAAUUGUACCAAUAUUUAAAAAGUUAAAAAAAAAAGUCAAAACAAUGGCAUUUGCAGAUUUGAAUAAUCUGCAUGAAUGUCUAGCAAAUUUCUCAUUGCAGCAGAGCAUGUGGGUGCACAAACACUGGAACGACGCCACAGAUGAGCAAUACACAGCGGAGUAGAAAAAGAUUUAAAGAGACGCAAUUGGACACAAUUUUAUGAUUAAUUUUUCGUGUUUUACACAGUCAAAAACUCUUUGAGGCACCAGUAUUUUGUUUUCACGGUUGAAGCCAAGUUGACUGUGUGGUGGAGAUGUAUUGAUCAUCUCCAGCACUUUGAGUAAAAUACUGGCUGAGAAUUCAUCAAACUGUUUAAUUUAUUGACAGGUUGAUAUCAUACAAUCUAGUAAAGCACCAUGCAGGGAAAAAAAAAACAAACUGAAAAACAAUAUCAAACGAGGGAUACAUUUUUUUGCUUGCAAAUGUUAGAGGUUCAACCACAUGUUUUAUUAUCCUUCAGCUUGAAGACUUCACUCUGGGUUUUUUUUUUUCACAGUUACCAUAAUUGAUUACAGUUAUGUUUAUUUUGUCAUUUAAUUCGGUAACUCCUAUUACAUGUAGCUAGUUACUCCCCAACCCUGUGUAUGACACCUGAAUAGUUUUGUUAUUUGAUAUUUUAUUUAAAAUUAGUGUUUCUUCCUGGAACAGGAGGAUGAAAACAGCAUGGCAGAGAAAACCCAACACGCUGUGUGUGGAAGCACACGUCGCCUUCCUUAAUGCAGCGAAAAAUUGUGAUCGGAUCUUCUAAUUGGUUUACAGUGUAUUGGAUUUAACUUCCAUGUAGCAUGGACGCAUUUUUCCAAAAAUGCGUUUUUCAAAACAUCUGGCACCAAAAUGAAUGGUAAAUGGAACCAAACUGCAUGAAAAAUGUCAGUCAUAAUAUUUUUCUGUACAGUAGGUCAAGGAAUCAACGCCAUGUGACGUACAAUCCACCAAUCAAAUGCCAAUCUAUUCUAGUGUUAUAUAAAAUUAAUUAUUACAUGAAUGUUGAGUACUGUUGCACUUCAAGGAGUUAAUCUUUGUAAUUGAUCUUCUUGGUGAAAUGUUUAUUACUGAAUACAUGAUGAUGCAUAUUAUCUUAAAA